UUUUCAAGUGUCAAAGUUUAACCUAAAAAAGUUGAAAGUGGCCUCAAAAAAUUGAGGCAAGCAUAAUGGAAGAACCAGAGAAACUGUCAUUCGGCAAAAGUCUUGGACAUUGCUGUAUCCAUCAUUGGGAAGGCAAAGCAUCGAUUUUGAUACCAUUAGCAUUAGCACCCCUGUUAAUAUAUGCCUAUAGGAUAGAUUCAGCGGCAUACAAAUGCUUGUUCUUGGUCGUAGUUAUGGCAGUUUUUUGGAUAACUGAGUGCAUACCACUAUAUAUGACAGCAUUGCUUCCCAUUGUUUUUCUCCCAUUUUUCGGCAUUCUGGAUUCUGAUACCACUUGUGGUCUCUAUUUUUCGGAUACACUGGUUAUGUUCCUAGGCGGUCUAUUCUUAGCACUGGCCAUAGAAUAUAGCAAUCUGCAUCAACGCAUAGCGCUGGGAACUAUUUUGAUUGUCGGUUGUAGUCCGCGCCGUUUGCAUUUAGGAUUAAUUUUGGUUUCUGCUUUUAUAUCAAUGUGGAUAUCCAAUUCUGCGGCCACAGCCAUGAUGUGUCCCAUUGUAAAGGCGGUACUUAACGAAAUGGAGACACAAGAAAUCUUCGAGGUCUACAUGACACAGGAGGAGGAGCCUGUCGAGGAGGGCGAAAAUCCACAUCCUUCCAAAAUGGCAAUGGCAUUUUACUUUGGCAUUGCCUAUGCCUCGACAAUUGGUGGUUGCGGAACACUCGUUGGCACUGGAACAAAUCUCACCUUUAAGGGUCUAUAUGAUACUCGCUUCCCGAUGUCUACGGAGCAUGUUGAUUUUCCCAUAUUCAUGGCGUACGCAAUUCCAUUGGUUGUUGUAGCCAAUACGAUCUUAUUAUAUAUAUCAUUACAAGUUACACACAUGGGACUAUUUCGUCCGAAUAGCAAAAUUGGACAGGAAGUAAAACGAGGCACGGUAAAUAAGGCAAUUCUGCACGCAGUUGUGAAGGAACGCUAUAAGGAGCUGGGCGCAAUGACUUGUCAUGAGAUUCAGCUGACUAUCCUGUUUUCGAUGAUGAUUUUUCUUUUAUUCACCCGGCAGCCAGGAUUCAUUAAAGGCUGGGGAGAUUUUCUCAAUGCUACACAAUUUUGGCCUUCCUACAACUUGGAUAAAAUAUCUACAUAUUAUGCUUUCAGAUCUGUUGGAAGUUCUUCUCCACUCAUGUUACCCCUCAUUUUAUGCUUUGCACUGCCAACACAGUACACCUUCUUCAGAUAUUGUUUCGGAUCAGCGCCAUUUCCUGGGCGUGCCAUGGAUGCUUUGCUAUCUUGGGUAUUUGUUGAUAAGCAUACACCGUUUGGUUUGGCCUUUUUACUUGGUGGAGGCUUUGCUUUGGCUGAAGGCAGCACGGUAAGUGGCAUGGCUAAGAUGUUGGCCGAUGUUAUGGGUUUUGCCGAAAACAUGCCGGGUCUUGUAAUUCAAGGUGUGGCCACUUUUCUAAGUAUAUUUUGUACGGCUUUCGGCUCGAACGUAGCCGUUUGUAAUGUGCUCAUUCCCAUAUUGUCGGAAGUGUCACUUAAAAUUAAAAUGCAUCCAUUAAAGCUGACACUGCCGUCGGCUCUGGCGAUGAGUAUGGCUUAUCAUUUGCCUGUCAGCACACCACCAAACGCGAUUAUAUCGGGAUAUGCGGGCAUCAAGACCAAGUAUAUGGCGGUAGCCGGAAUUCUACCCACCAUUUGGGGCUUUGCAAUGGUUUUGUUGAAUGCCACUACUUGGGGAAUAGUUGUUUUUCCGGCUACCAAAUCAUUUCCAGACUGGGCCAAAGAAGCCCAACACUAAUGCGCAAUUAAUGGUUUUUAGAAUGGGUAUAAUAAUUAAAUUAAAUUAACUAAGCUUCUAAUAAAUGCGCUAGCUAUUAUUAUUGUAAA